CUCUCGCGAGCAGUCAGACAACGGGAGUCGCAGACGCUGGAAAAACACGCAGUCUCGCGCCCUACGCUUAACGUUAAAACUGCUUCGGCGAAACGCUACCAACAGGAGCGUCGUGUCCGCGAAACGACAUGGGGGAUCGAGUGGCUUUAUUGCUGCUGGCUUUUGUGACGGCGACUCUGGCCGCAGAGGUGCCCACGGACGGUUCGACAGGCCCGCUGGCUGAGCCCCAGGUGGCCAUGUUCUGCGGAAAACUCAACAUGCACGUCAAUGUACAGAGUGGCAAGUGGGAACCAGACCCCUCCGGUACCAAGAGCUGUGUCGGCACCAAGGAGGGCAUCCUGCAGUACUGCCAGGAGGUGUAUCCAGAGCUCCAGAUUACUAAUGUGGUGGAAGCCAACCAGCCUGUCAGCAUCCAGAACUGGUGCAAGAAGGGUCGCAAGCAGUGUCGCAGUCAUAUGCACAUUGUAGUGCCCUACCGCUGCUUGGUGGGAGAAUUUGUGAGCGACGCCUUGCUGGUUCCUGACAAGUGCAAGUUCUUACAUCAGGAGCGCAUGGACCAGUGUGAGACCCAUCUGCACUGGCAUACUGUGGCCAAGGAAUCCUGCACAGACCGCUCCAUGAAUCUCCAUGACUACGGAAUGCUUCUGCCAUGCCGUAUUGAUCGUUUCCGAGGAGUCGAGUUUGUCUGCUGCCCAACGGAAGCUGAGCACGAUACUAACAGCGCCGAGCAGGAUGGCGACGAUUCUGAUGUUUGGUGGGGUGGAGCGGAGACUGACUACUCUGACAAUAGUAUGGUGCGGGAACCAGAGCCAGCAGAGCAGCAAGAGGAAACCAAGCCAUCUGUAGUAGAGGAGGCGGCGGCCGAGGAAGAUGAUGAGGAAGAGGACGCGCUGGAUAACGACCAAGAUGGAGAUGGGGAAGAGGACGAAGACGGUAUGGAAGAUGAGGAGGAGGAAGAGGAGGACACGCUUGAUGACAGUGACGACGAGCCCGCCACCAAUGUUGCCUUGACAACGACGACCACCACCACUACUGAGUCGGUUGAGGAAGUAGUCAGAGAUGUGUGCUGGGCCAGUGCAGAAACUGGUCCAUGCCGGGCCAUGCUGCCCCGCUGGUACUUUGACCGCCAGGAGGGCCGCUGUGUUCAGUUUAUCUACGGUGGAUGCGGAGGCAACAGGAAUAACUUUGAGUCCGUGGAAUACUGCCUGUCUGUCUGCAGAAGCGUCCUACCCACAGCAACUCCCGGUUCUCCUGACGCUGUGGACCACUACCUGGAGACGCCUGCUGAUGAAAACGAACACGGCCAUUUCCAGAAGGCUAAAGAAAGUCUGGAGGCCAAGCACCGCGAAAGGAUGUCCCAGGUGAUGAGAGAGUGGGAAGAGGCUGAGAGGGAAGCUAAGAAUCUUCCACGUGCUGACAAGAAGGCGGUCAUCCAGCGUUUCCAAGAGAAGGUAGAGACGCUGGAACAGGAAGCGGCCAGUGAGCGGCAGCAGCUGGUGGAGACCCACAUGGCCCGAGUGGAAGCUCUGCUCAACGACCGCCGCCGCCUGGCUCUGGAGAGCUACCUGACUGCCCUGCAGCAAGACCCCCCCAGGCCUCGUCACGUCUUCAGCCUUUUGAAGAAGUAUGUGCGUGCCGAGCAAAAGGACAGACAGCACACUCUGAAACACUUCGAACAUGUCCGCAUGGUGGACCCCAAAAAGGCGGCACAAAUCAGGCCUCAGGUGCUGACCCACCUGCGUGUCAUUGAAGAGCGCAUGAACCAGUCGUUGGGUCUUCUCUACAAGGUGCCUGGUGUGGCUGAUGACAUCCAGGACCAAGUCGAGCUUCUGCAGAGGGAGCAGGCUGAGAUGGCGCAACAACUGGCCAACCUGCAGACAGAUGUGAGGGUGAGCUACGGCAAUGAUGCCCUAAUGCCCGACCAGGAGUUUGGAGAUGGCCAAACCGACUUGUUGACUCAGGAGGACUCCUUAGGCCUGGGUGGAGUUGGCUUUAUUCAUCCUGACAGCUUUAACCAGCCCAACACUGACAACCAAGUUGAACCUGUCGACUCUCGCCCAAGUCUUGACAGAGGCAUCCCCACACGGCCAGUGACAGGAAUGAAGAUGGAGGCUAUUCCUGAACUUCGAAUGGAGAAAGGAGACAGACAGAGUACCGAGUACGAAGUUCACCACCAGAAACUGGUUUUCUUCGCAGAGGAUGUCGGCUCCAACAAGGGCGCCAUCAUUGGCCUGAUGGUUGGCGGUGUUGUCAUAGCGACGGUUAUCGUCAUCACCUUGGUGAUGCUGAGGAAGAAGCAGUACACCUCCAUCCACCAUGGAGUCAUCGAGGUGGAUGCGGCUGUCACCCCUGAGGAGCGCCACCUGUCGAAGAUGCAGCAGAAUGGCUAUGAGAACCCAACCUACAAGUUCUUUGAACAGAUCCAGAACUGAGGGAAAUGUCAUCUUAUCUACACUCACACAACACAAAACUAACAUCUCAUUCCACACAUCAAGCACCUUCCCCCGCCCCCUCUUUCCUAAAGUAGUCUCCAGGGCGCAGUGUGGCAUAGACCUAACCAGUAACUGAUGCAUACGGAGCAAUAGUAGCCAGGGUUUCUUUCAUUCAUGCUUGGGCGGACACUGUGGUGGAGCCAGUUUGCACCGUUUGUUUACUUUAUUGGAGCGAGACACCUUUUUGAUUAGAGAGCGUUUUUAUAUGUUGCUCCGUCUGGGCCUGCUGAUUGUAUCGGAAUGGCCCCGCCCAGUGCUCAUAAAUACCAAACUCUCCAUAAAUGAAAGAAGCUUGUUACGUCUGAUCCGGGGGGGCCAACGCUUUGUUUUUUUUCUUGGCUUGCACCAAUUUUAGAGGCGUGUAGGAGAAUUUGGUCUCUGAUCAGUCGAAUUGUGUUUGCAUGGCUCCCUAUGUCUCAUGUACACCAUUUUUUUAGGAUAUUUUUCUGACAUGAAGCCCAGUUUUGUUUCUUUCCUGCACACUCAACACUUGAGAACAAUUAACCCGCUCUCCAUUCCUCCAUUCUCCUUUGUCUUUGUGCAUUCUUAUGACAGCUGGGCUGCGUUACGUCACACUAUCCAGAGAUGUAAAUGAACUUGCUGAUGACGACACUAGUAAUUAUGUAUUCUGAAUGAGCUGUUUUUGUUUUUAAUUUUCAAGUUUCAAUAUGCUUUCCACUUUUUUUUUUUUCCAAAAAAAAAAAACAAACAAAAAAAAACCCUACAAAAAACGAUGUAAAGUCCUUUUUUUAAACUUGCUUGUAAUGUACUGAAGUAAUGCUGAAGUCGUAGUUGUUCUAUGUAGUCGUGCAUGACAACGGGAUUUUGAAAGAGGAAAAUAUACGCAAAAGAUCUUAACGCUGCUCUCGAGAACCUCUCACUUAUAGAUUGUCAUUCUAGCAAGAUUGUACAUUUAGUAUCUUCUCGUGAUCACGUGAAAAAUAUACUGUAAAUCAAAUCUAGAUGAACGGGCUCUGCUCUAUCUUCAAAUACACACUUAAAAGAGAUCUGUGAUGAUUUUUUUAUUUUUUAUUUUUAUUUUAAGUGUGUAUUCUUCUUUUCCUGAGGCAGCGGGGGAUGGCUUAUCUGUAUAUUUUCAUUUGAUAAAAUAUAUUGGGUUAAAGAUCCUUAUGAUUUGGGGUUCACCAUGUCAUUUUUUUUAUUACAGAGUGCUAAAGGUAUUGUAUGGGUGAUGGUUUGCAGGGAUCUAGCAAGGGAUGGAUUAGAAAUAUUUUUUUUUGUCCUCGAGCAUUAAGCUGACAUUGUGUCCAAUUCUGCUUCUGCAAUUAUUUUACUGUCCACCGAUAGAACAGGUGGAGCUCUGGUAGGGGGAGUAGGAGGAAGGCGGCGCGCGCGGGAGAGAGUAAAUGACUUGCAGUUCUGGAUGGAUAGCCAGGCUGUAUUUGUAAUGGCUUUUACACCAUCCAUCAUCCCCUCUCCUCCCUCCAUCGCUUUUGUUUCUCUCCAGGCAUGCUGCUCACCUCCAUGCCAGUCAUGCACAUUCUACUUCUCGGGAGGAUGAGCACUGCUCUCUGUAUAUAGAUCAUUAGAAUGCCCCCCCCUGUGAAAGCCAGGAUCAAACAUUGAUCCCCAUAUCUGACUACAGUCACCUUGUAAGUAAAGCACCCAACUCUUUCCGAAGGUGUGUUGCGUCUCAACACCACAAUGGAAAGAAGUCACCCUGUUCAACAUCUACAGUGUAGUAUCUGUGAGUGUUCAAUUCGACUUUUGGCAGCAUGUGGUUUUGCAGAGGUGCUCAGAAGAAGCCCAACAGGGGGCAGUAGAGCAAUAGAAGCAGGGAUUUCUUUCUGUGGGCUGCACUGGUUUGAUUGUCAAUUGUGUAACAUUUGCAUUGACCUGGGAAACGCUUUCUACACUGUAUUCCAUAAUAAAGUUUUGAAUGUAUCUACAGAUA